AUGAAGGCAAAGCGGGUGCAGCUUCAAGGUCUUCGAACCGAAUUCGAGACUCUACGAAUGAAGACGAGCGAGUCGGUGAUUGAUUUCUUUGCAAAAACAAUGACAAUCGCCAACAAAAUGCAGAUCCAUGGAGAAAAAAUGGAAGACGUCGCCAUUAUGGAAAAUAUUCUUCGAUCAAUGACAUCGAAGUUUAAUUUCGUUGAGAUAGAGGAUGAGGAAGAUGACGAUUUAAAGGCAGAGGAAGCAACAAUCGUGGCAGCAAACAAAGACACCAUCAAUACUAAGAGAAUCAAUUUCAAGGAAGAGGAAAAGGAAGAGGAAAGGAAAGAGGAGACCAUCACACAACAACUUACAAGCCAACAAAAAAAUCACAUAUUGAAUGCCACCGAUGCCAUAAAUAUGGCCAUUAUCAAUCAGAAUGUCGAACAAAUUUGA